AUGUCUCAAGAAGAGGUGGAAGAUGCUGGUGGGAAUGGUGAGAAUCAUGAAAAUGGUGGGAAUCAAUCAGGGGACACCAAACAGGUUGAAGCUUCACCACCAGUGUACAUAGUUAUUCCUGCUCUUAACGAAGCAUCAGCGCUGCCAAUCACGCUGCGCCACCUGUCAAAGCUCUCCCCGCGGCCAGCCGGCAUCAUUGUUUCCGACGGCGGAAGUACAGAUGGCACACCGCGCUUGGCUGAAUCUCUGGGCGCGGUGGUGGUGGGCAGUGACAGAGGCAGGUCGGUUCAGAUGAACACAGGCGCAUGGAAGGCAGUGCAGCUGAUGCAGCAGGUGCAGGAGCAAGGCAGUGGAAACAGCAUGGGUGGGAGCAGUGCAAGUGGAAGCAGCACAAGCAGCGGCAUUCUCUGUUUCGUUCACGCUGACACGCUGGUGCCGCUGGAUCUUGUCACACUCGUUAGAAGCACACUGCAAGACCAGUCAGUGUGCUGUGGGGGCUUUGUGCCCGUGGUGGCUGUGCCGGGGCGAGUCUUCUGGGGCAUGUGUCUUCGGAACGUGGCCAAGACCUGUGAUACGGGUUCUGCAUGGUUUAGUGGUGUUCGGGCGUUCCUUCGGGGCAUGCGCAUGCUGUAUGGAGACCAAGCCAUGUUCUGCCGGGCACAAGACUUCGUGCGCAUUGGAGGGUUUGAUGAGAGGCUAGCCAUAUUGGAAGAUGCUGACCUGUCAGAGAGGAUUCAUGUGGAUGGCUGGCAACGAACCAUGCCAGUUAGCAGAUAUUCUCUAGGUGGCGUUGGAGAUUCUGAUGGUGAAGAGAAGCUGAGGAUUAAACGUGGCGGUGAGAUGGUUAUGCUUCCGCGAGUGGUGGUUACAAGCGGGCGGAGUCUCCUAGUCGCGUUUUUCGAGUCGGCUCAUAAGUCUUUUCCUUUGCGGAUCGCCGCUCUGGCUACUUCGACUGUCGUGGCGGAAGCGUCGUCUGAGGACUCGUCGUCUGCGGCGUCGAUGGUGCCGCAAGGUUCUGCGAAAAUGAGCUCUUUCGAGGUCGAGGACAGUCCCUACAACAACGACAAGCGGCGGCGAUCAAACAGCCUCUUCGUGCGAGCCGGUGUGUACCUGCAGCAGUCCCCAGCGCUUCAGUUCGCCGCCUUUCUCUGCACGCUCGUUUUCCUCUGGGGCAUCACGUUUGCGCUCUCCCCGAACCGCCUACCGUAG